UCAAUCUCAAUCGUCGAAGUCCAAAAUCUAAAUCCAUACGUUAUUUCAAUUUUUAUUUAUAUUUCUCAGUGUACACAAUGAAUACAAUUGACAGUGAACAUCUUAUUACUGAAGUUAAACGUAGACCUGUGCUUUGGGAUCAAAAUCAUAAAUAUUACAAUCAAAGGAAUGCCAAACUCCUGGCAUGGCAAGAAGUGUUUGCUAACCUCAUCGUGGAUUGGACUGAUAUGUCAAAAUACGACAGAUUCGGGAAAGGUAAAGACAUCCAAAAUAGAUGGACUAACAUACGGGAUACGUAUAUGAGGGAGAUUAAGUAUGAAAAGAAAGUGCAGAAGGGCUUGGCAUUGCCAAAAAAAAAGUAUAAAUUUUCUCAUCUUUUAGGAUUUUUGGAUCAAUCCAAGCAGAUAAAGGAUAAAGGAUCGGACCAAAGCAGUACUGACAUUGAGGAAAGCCCAGUGAAAAAUGAAUCCAAAGUGUUAAAUGUUAACAUUGUUGAUCUGAAAAAUCAAACUGAAUCAUUGUAUGCGGAUUCAGACGGCAAGAACAAUCAGGGACGAGGGAGUAACAAUGGAAGAGCCAAGCGAUUUAAGCCAAACAAUGAUCUCUCAAGUGUACAGUUCAACAUGCAAUCCGACAGUUCUACGAUGGACUCUGACAGCAACAAUCACACACCGAUCCGAGAAGAAACGAACAGAGGGAGGCUAAAUAUCACAUCAGAAACAUCCAAAAAUGGUGAACCGUCCAAUCAAUCUGUUCAAGAAUAUUAUCAAAUCAAUCCAGAGUACCUGUCACCAUCUGUUGAAAUAAGUUCCGGAAUCUCCCUUCCUUUAGAACAAGAUGAUGAUAAGAUGUUUGUUCUUUCAUUGCUUCCUUACUUCAAGAAGCUGAAUGAAGAACGGAAACUCGCUGCAAGAAUAGAAAUGUCUACACUCUUGCAGAAAAUGAUUUACAAGAAGUGUUAGAAAAUGGAAUACCAUUUUAUAUCAAAGAUAGAUAUAUGUAUUUUUUCAAUGUUGGCUUAGUCAUGAUAGUGAUAUUUUUACACUUAUAGCUCACAGUCUAAGAUUUUCACAUGCAUUUACGUAUUGUUGUUAACAAGUAACUAGGCCUAGUGGAUAUGUUACCAAGAAGUAACAUGGAUGAAAACUUAUAGAAAUUGGUGCAUUAUGAAUCGGUUAUUAUUUAUUGUUCCUUUAUCAUUAGUUUGUAAUAUUGUUUUGUUAGUAACACUAUGUGAUAGUUGUUAAGGACUUCUUGUACAUUAUUGAUUAUACAAAUAGUUUGUUAGAAAGGACAUUAAACUGUAAAAUAUUUUCAAGAUGAAUAUAAGAUACUAUUUCUAAAAUAACGUACAAUCUUUGACUAAUAGUCAAUGGUACAACUAGUUGGUCGUUACAGCUUGUAAUGGUAUUAAAGCCUUUUAGUCACGAAAGUUACAUAAAUCACUGGUACAAUCUUCUCAUCAUACCAUCAGAUACUAAUCAUAAGAUAUUUAGAAAUCUUAGUUUCUAAGAAGGUUCAUUUUGAUGAUUAAACUUUCUUAAAAAUGAAGGAAACCAUCUGGGAUGAGUUGAUAAUUUUUUUGUUAACAAACAUUUUUUACACAAUAGUUAACAUUUUUAUAACUUUGUGUUUUGGGGUUAAAACUGAAUUUGAAUCUGAAAUUUAGAAUAUACAGGGUGGAAAUAAAGUCCCGGGGCUGUUUGUACAACAGCUGAUUUUUACUCCCUAGAGAGUAAAAAUGCUACUUUAGACUGCAGCGCAUGCAUUUAAAACGGUUGUUUUUGCUGCAGUAUGACAACAAAUAAUUUUAACACAAUAUUUAGUGAUGGGCAACCUCCCCAGAGAAACGCCUGCUAGGAGUCAGAAGAAAAUGUUAAAUGUAAACAUAGGUUAAUAUGCAGAUCAAAUUUCUGUCUUUGUUAGUAAAAUACAAUGCCGCAAACCCAAAAUCAAACGAACAAUUGAGUCAAAAAUGAAAACUUUUCAAAGAUGCAUUUAAUUUGCCUUUACUGCAAUACCUCCUCAGGGGUGCUCCCGCUAGAAGUCGGAAUAAAAUCAUAAACGUAUGCAUAGGUCUAUCUAUACACAUGCACAUUAAAUUAGAGGUCUUAAAUAGUAGAAUACAAUGCCGCGAGUUUGAUCAAAGAAGGAGUAAAGAAUGGCAGCUGUUCAAAGAUUUAAAAUGGCAAAUUCAAGAUAUCUUUGAACGGCUGCCAUUUUUGACUCGGUUUUUAAAACCAAUAGAUUUCAAAUUUGCAGCACUGUAUUCUACUAGCAAAGGCCUUUAGUUUGAUGUGUGCAUAUCCACCUGAAUUUUUUUUUUUAAAGAGGUUGGCGGCCUCUACCUAGACCUAUGUUUACAUUUAGGAUUUUCUUUUGACUCCUAGCGGGCUGUCCCCCUGAGGAGGUAGCGUAUCACUGAAUAAUGUGUUGAAAUUAUUUUAAUGCCCAGUAACUGUGUACCAAGUUUUGAAGCUCUAUCUUUAUUACUUUUUGAAAUGUAUAACUGUCCCGGGACUUUUUCCCCACUCUGUAUAGCCAUGAGGUUUCAGGAGGAAAAAGACAAGUUAGAGUUUUGUGUAAAGGAAUUUGUGUUAUGUACAUAAUUUAGAUUUAAGAAAGUUCUUGCAAAAUAAAAUAAAUCUGCUAGUUGCACUUGUUUUCCAAUGAUCAUUUCAGAUUAGGUAUUUAGAGUGAAGGUGCGAUUUUUAUCAUACAAUCCUUUAUUACAAACAUUAUGUAAUUGAAGCUUUUUCAAAUCCAAGAAUUUUAGAACUAUCUUUAGUUUGUCCCGGGACUUUUUCCCCACUCUGUAUAGCCAUGAGGUUUCAGGAGGAAAAAGACAAGUUAGAGUUUUGUGUAAAGGAAUUUGUGUUAUGUACAUAAUUUAGAUUUAAGAAAGUUCUUGCAAAAUAAAAUAAAUCUGCUAGUUGCACUUGUUUUCCAAUGAUCAUUUCAGAUUAAGUAUUUAGAGUUUGAAGGUGCGAUUUUUAUCAUAAAAUCCUUUAUUACAAACAUUAUGUAAUUGAAGCUUUUUCAAAUCCAAGAAUUUUAGAACUAUCUUUAGUUUAUGGAAAUAUUUAAACUUUGCUUUAAGUUUAUUUUAUUGCAUGUACUACAAAAGAGAUUUCUUGAACUUUGGCAAUUAAACUCGUGUCUCUCUCUUUUAUUGUUCUAUUUAACAUACGGUAAGGUUAUGCUCUAAGCCAAGGACUUAAAAGACCAGAAAUAGAAGAAAAGUAAACUUAGUUUAAUUUAUUCUAUGUACGUUUGAUUACAUUUAUUCAAAAACCUCAGACGUUGUUCAUGAUGAUCUAAUAAACAAAUA